CGCCACUCCUGGAAAGAAGCCUUGGUCCCCCUCCCUACUUUCAAAAUCGUGGCGUGGGGCCCCUACUGCUCAUGGCUGGGCUGUGUGCAGGAUUCACACAAAAAUCCUUGCUGUAACUGCAUGGAAUAUUCUUAAUUCGAAAAAAUGUGCGGACGGGAUAUGGGUUAAACAUUAUUGCAGAUUACCUCAAAUGAUCAUGAAUCUCUGUAAAUCAUUGUAAAUCGACAUACUGUGAAAGCUCUAUUAAGCCCCCUCUCUAUUAAGCCUUGUUACAAUUUGCCAAAAUUUGAUGUAAGCCCCCUCUCUAUCAAGAUCUCUUCUUUGGCCCCUGAUGUCAAACAAACAAAAACAGGGGCAUUGAGUGGGUCUCUUGAGGGGUGUGAUGAUGAUAAGAUCAUAAGUCAAGAGGAUACUGAUGUUGAUUCUUUUGAAGAAAUCCCCGAGCAUUGUAGCAUUUUUAUAAAAUGUUUUAUUUUAAAUGAUUAAUAAGCCACCCUCUCAAAUAGGCCCCAUCUCAAAUAAGCCUCCCUCUAGGAAUGAAAAAUAAAUUAAAUUUAAACAAAUAAAUUCUCACCAACAGGGCCUGUAUUCUGAUAUUUUUUCUUCAUAAACAACUUCAUAAAAAGGUCCAAUCCUUCUUGCUACUGCUCUUUACUGAGCUCAUAUUAUGUACCAGACAUUUGCCCAAUGGUGAGCAAAAACCUCAAUGUAACUUAUUUGCCCCUUUCUUGUUCAUAACUUCCAAGAGUUCCAGCUAAUCACGAUAUCAAGACUUUGUUCCCAUUAUUCAGAGAUUUUGUCCCAAUCUCAAGAUUCAUUCUUUCUUCGAAUAUUCAUCUAUGAGAAAGGUUGCAUUAGUAAAAAGUGUGUUUCAGAGAGUUCAUUUUCCAGCAAACUAGAAACAUCCAACUUCAAAGAUUGUUGAACCCUUCCACAGCAACUAUAGUGCUGCCCUAGGUAAAAGUAGAUUGUGUGUGCUUGUCCUGGUAUAUAGGGUUUUGGAGGCUGGUAUAAAGAAUUCGAUUAUACAUUAUUUGAGCAUCUGCAUGAAACGCUGAAUGCCUAAAAACAUAUUUGAUUUCUGUUUUAUCCAAAAAGGAAAGCAAAAACCGUUGAUGCCUCCUAUAUAAAAUUUUAAAUUUUGCGUGCAAUUUAGAAUUUUGGUGUGCAAAGCUGGUCAUUCUAAAUUGACCUGGCAUGUGCAUUUGUCAUACUCUGCAGACUAAUGGGCACAUACCCAAACUUUGCAGACUGACCUUUUCUAUAAAUAAAAAAACAAAAUUUUUGAAAAUUUUUGAAAGAAGUUUUAGUAGUAGUUCUAAAAAUUUCUAAUAUCAAAUAAGACCUAAUAUCAAGUUUUUUACCCAAAUUCCUAAUUGAAGGCACAUAAAUACCAGGAGGUGUUUGUGGGGGUUUGCCACAACCAAUCCUUGAAAUUCUUUAACCAGUCAGGAAACUUGAGGAUAAUCAGAGAGAAUCUAAGUUGUAAUUCCAAUGCUCUUUCAUCAUUCAUCAUCAUCAGUUCAUUUAACAUGUUGUUUCCUCUUGAAGGGGGUUCCACAGGAAUACUGUUAGUUGAAGCAACCAAAAUCACAAACUACAAAAUAUUUUCAUCUUCACUUGUGGCUAGUCAUGAAAAGGGAAAAAAGCACCAGCUUGUUCUGACUAAGCAAAAGAAAAAGAAGAAAUCUCUUGACUGCAGUGUGUACAUCAGAGGGUUUAAUAAGGGUUCAGAUGUGGAGAAUGAGCUGACAGAAAUACUCAGCAGAUAUGGCAUCAUCAAAGAAAUAUAUGUUGAUAAAGAAAAGGGAAAAUAUGCUAUAGUUGAAUUUGAGGCAGAGAGUUCUGUUCAAAAUUUAUUGAAGGAAGGUGAUAAACUUGCUGUCAAUGGAAACCAUAUUGUAAUCAGACCAAGAAAAUCUAAAGAAAGUGAAACUCACAAGGAUAUUAAAAGCAACAUUGCGCAAAGGCAAAGUAAAGAAGAAUUCCAGACCAUCAUAUUGAAAGUGCUAAAUGAUUGUGACAAUGUACAGCAGCAAAUAAUCAAGCUCGUAGAGACCCAACAGUUAACAGACACAGAUAUUUUGCUUCGAAGGAAAAUUUGUGAACUCCUGCAAGAAGUGUUUAAAGAAGUGUAUGCAGAUUGUGAUAUCUUGCCCUUUGGCUCAACAGUAAGCAAGUUGGGAUGCAAAGGCUGUGACCUCGAUAUCACUCUUGUUACCAAAGAUCUAGGAGGCUACGUCCAUAAGAAUACAUGUUCCCAAAGUAUUUGUUGUUCUGGUGAUGAUGCUGGCUCCGUUGGUUCUACAACUGCUAUUGAUAAUGACAUCAGUGAAGUGUGCCAGAUUCUACGGAAGUUCGUCCCUGGUUGUAAAGAUGUGUUUGCACUGAAAUCGGCACAUUGUCCGGUCAUCAAGUUCUUCCAUAAAAAUUCAUCUUUGCAUUGUGAUUUGAGUAUUAACAACAGAUUGGCAGUGCACAAUUCAAAACUUCUGAACAGCUACUGCGAAGCUGAUGAGCGUUUCCGAUAUCUUUCAUACGCUGUUCGUUUCUGGGCGGACUCCAAAGACAUUGCUGGCAAGGGCGCAUUACAGAUGACCAAGUAUGCCUUGGUCUUAAUGGUGAUACACUACUUACAACAGUGCGACCCCCCAGUUCUGCCUUGUCUUCAGGAAAAAGCUGAAACCAACACAAAAGAGUGUUUCAUCGAUGGUUGGAAUUGCUAUUAUGAUACUAAUUUCAAGCCGAAUAAAACCAACCAUAAUCCUUCCUCGUUUGGGGAGCUGCUAUUUGGCUUUUUCAAGUAUUUUGCAAAAUACAAUUGGAGUGAGCAUGUUCUUUCUAUCAGUUCUGUUAAGCUGCAAACAAAAGGAAAUUUUCUUGCUAAGUUGGAUGCGGUAGGAUUGAGGACAAAGUUCAGGGUAGGCCCAGUUUGCAUAGUCGAUCCUUUUGAAGCUACGCACAACGUUGCACAAAAUUUGACGGAAGCUGGUCAAGUAAAUUUGAAAACAGAAAUAGAGAAUGCCUUGCAGAUACUUUAUCAGGAAAUAGAAAAUGUAGAGAAUAUACGUGCUGGGGAGGAGAUCUUGAGCAGUGAUACUCGUUUUGGACGGAACAUCAAAAAUUCAGAGAAGCUUAACUUUGACCAAAUUGAUUUGAAAAAUUUACUGCAACCCGUUGCACCCAAAGUUGCAAUUGAAAAACAUAAGCGUCUCAAUGUUAAAUAUGUAUUCGAUGUAUAUGAUGCAGAUAGAAAGUCAUCGGCAGAGGCAUGUCAGAGAUGUGCAAAUAUUGCCAUCAGAAUCUUGACUCUUGAUUUGAAAAUGCAAUGCAGCGUCAAAUACAAUCACCAGAAACAGAUGCAUUCAUGUGACCAACCUACUUUUGAGAAGGAAUGUAGCCCCGGUCAUACUUGCAACAUCAAUGCGAAUAAUACAGUUUUGGAAGAGUCCAAUGAAAAAGGGGGGUCUCUUGUAAAAGAAGGAGAAUAUAAAUUUGCUUUGAAGAGAAAGUUUGAAGCCCCAGUUGGUGUCACAAAGAACACAGGCAAACAAACAUUUGCGGCUAUUCACGACAGCAACGAAUCAGAACCAUCAAAUAAAAGACAUUGUUCAGUCAAAACAGCACUGAAACAUGUUGAUGCGAAUGCUGAUUCUGAAUGUUGUUUUGCCUCUAUUGAGGUUCAAGCAACGGCAUGGGCAAAUACCUGGGUUAAAAGAAGACGACAGAACAGAUUGUUGAAGAGACUGGGGAAUGGUUCUGUCGAGGAACAGAUGAACGGAGAGAAUGAACAUUCUAAUAACAGCACGCUCUCGAGUCUAGAGACUAGCAUAACAGACUCUUGUAACGACUCAAAGUCCCCCCGUCUAGAGAAUAGCACUUUCCAAUGCUCCUCUGCGCAGUCGUCCAAAGAAUUUCUGUCGUUUCCAGGGGGAUCUAAAGAUAUGCUCGAGUUGUCUGCAAAACAAGCCGAGGAAGUUAGUAAAGAAGUUGUUGAUAACACAAGUGGUCCGAUCUUCGUAUCAAACAUGACAUUUACUAUUAACGAUCAAUUACCGUCAGAACCAAAAUGCAGGGUAAAAGUUAAACUUAAUCAAGCAGGAGCAGGCAGGCUAAGCGAUUUUCAUUCAUUUUUUGCGUUUUUUAAAAAAGCCAUUUUAGGUGAAAUGAAACAGUAAAAUUUGAAUUAUUGUAGUUUA